UCACCGCAACAAAUGGAUUCAGCCGAAACUGUGGUGUGGGGCAGGAGGGCGUAAAACGUAUAAAUCUUCCACAUGCAGGCCUCCCAUAUGCUAGUCCAAGGGCAGUAGGACCCAGGUGGAGCCUCCUUUUCCUCCUCAUCUCCCCCUCCCCACAUGUGGCCUUGGAGGAUGGACAGGAGAGGAGCCAGCCACAGGCUCUGGCCAGGGGCGCAGCUGCUGCAGCAGAGACCCCACGAACACCAGCGCUUCGCUGCAGCUCAUGAGCCAGCAUCCUCUGCUGCCAGCCUGUGCCCAUCUCCCCUCCAUGUCACGCCUGCUCCACUUCCUGCCACCACCUUGCAAGCGUGGCUCCUCUGCUCGCCGGAGCCGUGGUGCUCGGAGCAGGCUGGCCCCGUUUCAACGCCCAGCUUGCACAGCUGUAGGUGCUUUAGGGCAGGGCCGGCCACCUCAACCAGCGAGGCUGGCUGCGCUGGCAGCGCUUUCGCUGGGCUCAGCAUCACGGCAGGGGCCGAAGGGUUGGGGCAGGUAGGGCAAAGCCGCUGGGGCUCUGAGGAGUGUGGGGGCACUGUGAGCACGGCGACACAGAAGGGAGACUUCCAGCUCGCUUCCAAAUAGUGUUUUUAUGGCUUUCUACCCCGGUUGCCAACUGAGUCGUGUUCAAAACUUCAAGAGUGGCUGGAGAGUGAGAAUUAAGUUUCCUUGUUACCCUGAGGAGUCAUAUGGUAAUUGGUCUAUGGUUGUUGGCAAUGGAUUAUUUAUUUUAAGAAACCCUUCUCUUCACUAGUAAACACAUGCAUUCUUCCAGCUCUGGCCUCGCCAGACAGUAAGGCCUGCAUCUGUGCCCAAGGAAGUGUCAUUCCCGGGCACCAGAGCACGGCAGUCCAUGAGGAGCACUUGCUCCUUCUGUGGGAACAACCCGUGGUGUCUCAGCGCGGGGCCUCAGGGAGGCUUCGGUUUCAGCAGUGUCCUUAGGCUUGGCUUCCGUUUAAAUAGCAUACUGAGCCAUGUGGGCAAUGUUUUGGGCUGUUUGUUUUUUUUUUUUUCUUUUUUUUUUUUUAAGUGGGGAAAGGAAGUUUGGUUGUUUCUUGUUUGUUUUGUUUUUAGGGAAGGAAAAAAACAAACUGUCCUAUUUCUGAUUACAGAACUCAAUUAUUAGGCAUUUUUGACACGGAUAUCCAACCCAUGUGAACAUGGUCCUUAAUAAGGAGAUAGCGUUUUCAGUCAAAUCCAGCAGAAACAAACCAUAUAGGGGAUCUGUCGUGAGAGCUCUAUCAUUCUCCAUCCCUCGAUAGAACUGCUGACUUCCCCUAUUAGAAUUUAAAUUUCAGAGGUAGUGGGAACCUGAUCUUGAAUUCCUGUUGUUUAUAGUGCUCGUACAUCCUCUUUUUCAGUCAAGAAGUUACUGUAGACUUUUUUUUUCUUAACGCAGGAAAGAAAGACCCCACACCUCCCUGCAAGUGAAGGAAGAUGGAUAUAGUGUCAGGCUCAAUUAGAUCCAAUUGUGGUGGCUUUCCCUACAGCGAACAAUGCAGCUUUUGUGAUGAACUCCCAGCAGAAAGCUUGGAAGUUGGGGGGGGGGGGGGGGGACAACAACAACAUCCCCCCAAAGCCCAAAUCUCAAGAUAGCCUGGGUGUCGGCCCUUCUCAUGGUGGGGAGGAGGCAGUGCACAGCUGUGGCCCGCUUAAAAAGAAAUGAUUUUCCCCUUUGAAAUGAGGCACCGGCACUCGAGGGGAGAGAGAGGUGGCUAGAGCUGGAGACAAAGAAGCGCGUAUAGUCCAGCCUCAGCCGAAAGUGUCUGAGGACGAGGAGGUUGGCAUGGAGGCCAGGCCGGCCCUGGAGGCGCAGGGGACCUCCUCUGGUGGGGCGGCCGACUCACCUGGAGCAGCACCCGAUGCGCCCGGGCUGCCGGAGCGAGCGGGAUAGCGCAGAGGGAACAAAGUGGCCUGCUCAGUGCUGGAAGUGCUUAAAAUGCAAAUGUACAGGAACUUCAGACCAUCCCCCUCCCUCCUCGGCAUAGAGGAAAGCAGCUUAAAUACAGCCAGGCCUGGAGAGGAAUGUUAAAAAGAGGGGAAGAAUCACCCUCCUCCUUUCCAUAGGGACCCUCACACGGCAAGAUUCAGUAUGCAUGACUGAACAAGCAAGCAAGGACAGCUCCUCUUUUAACUUUCCUGAACAAUGGCUCCAGCUUCUUCCACCAUUUCGCAUUCUGUCUACCCCAACUCCUCCUUUAAGAAAGGAAGGGGGCAGCGGGGGAGAGAAAGCCCUGCUGCAGGACUUAGAGGGAGAAAAGCUUUGUUUCAUGCCCUAUAAACACCGCUUAAGCUCCAUCUCAAACAACAAUAAAAAACCCACAUCGUGGAAGUCUAAAAGGGACCCUGUCAGGUUAAAAGUCAUACAUUAAAGAGAAAGAUUAUGGUAUAGUACAAAGGAUACCUUUAGAUUUUUUUUUCUUUUAACAUCCCCACUUUACUUUCUCUUUACUUUCAUCUUUGCUUGGGCAAUGGAAACCAACCGAGCCAUUUCAGAUUUCCCAGGUUCUCGUGCGCUUGCAAGAGCACAGUUUUAGGUGAUUGUCAUCGCUGGAAGUGUUUUUAUUGAUGGCUCUUCCACAGGGGAUGGCGAGGGUGGGCCUCAAUUUAGGCACAAAAAACCUCUGCCAUCUUCCUGGAGCUUUAAAGAAUUAACAAACCUAGUCCUUCUGCUCCCCCUUCCAAAUGUCAGGCUUCCCCUACCACAAAAUAUUUAAUUCGCUUGACAGCAAACUUCAGCACGUGCAGCUUGUCUGACCUCAGACAGAGCAGACGCCUCACACUGAGCAGUCCUACUCGGUUUCUCUCUAGAUGCUGAACGCUCCUGCAGACAGCGCUGGUCCUACCAAAACCCUUCCCUAGAAACUUUUAAUUAUGAUGUUACUCAACAUCCUGCACAGGAGGGACCAGACUCUCCACUUCCUUUCCCUCAGCGGUCACUCAUUGAACUGAGAGCAGCCCCAACCCCUCUGCACAAGCUGCACAGCACGCUUACCGAAACCAAGACAGGUCGAUACCUCUUCAAAAAGCACAGACAACACAGAUACGGCUUUUUUUUUCAAAAACAUACUUCAUAUUUCCUCUUUUAUUAUAUAAAUAUCAGUUUAACCUUUUACUGUAAGAAUAUAAAAUGUUUUAAGAGGAUCUUUGUUAUUUUUAUACAAAUUCACAAACAGUACAAUUAAUCCAUAGGGGUCUCUGGGUUUGCGUUAACUCCGUGGUCUGGCCUGUUACUGUGGAGGAUUUGAGAUUUUGAACACACAAGAAAAAAAAAAGCCAAGAUAUUUUUCUUAAAAAAAAAAAUAAAACAAAAAAACUUACUCUUCCUCUUUAAAAUAAUAAUAAUAAUAAAAAAAAAUCUAAAGAACCAGCUCCAUUUUAUUGACAGAACAGAGAUAAGACAGAUGAACUUCAGUCUCCUCCCCUUCACAUUACAGCCUCGGGGCCUGCAGGCCUGCUCUGCUCCUCUCUCCACUCACAAACAGGAAGCCUCACAUAGUGACCUUUUGUAGGUGAUUUGGGAGGGGAGGGGGAAAUAUUUGCAUAUAUCUAUAUAUAUAAAUUUUUUUUUAAACCAACUUGCAUUUUUACACAUUUCCGUUAACAGUAGCCCAAUCCUCAGCAUGGAUUCUCACGUUACAUGUUUGUGCUAGAAGAGUAAAAAAUGCAGAAGCACAGUUUGGGUCCCCGAUCCCCAGUGAAGAGGGACGGAGAGGCACAACCAGAAUGUGAGGGUGGGACACAGCAGGGUAAGCUUAAAAGCAAACAAAAAUUAAAAAAAAAAAGGGGGGGGAGAGAAAAAGAAGAACAAACCCAAGGGGCAUUAUUCCAGUCUAGGCACAAAAAUGUUUCAGUCUCAAAAUCUCUUUCCUGUAAGAAUUCCAGGGUUUUUGAGGAGAAAAAAAAAGUAACAAAUUAAAACGAGGUAGCCAGACAUCAUAUAUAUAUUUAUAUAUAUAGAAUAUAUUCAGCAGAAAAAAAAUGUACUUAAAAAUCCACAAGAACAGCAACUUCAAAUGUCUUUAAAAAUAAAACCAUGUGAGAAAACGAAUACUGUAAAGAGGAGAAUGAAUGAGGAAAACUGGGAUCAGUUACAGGAUAUAAGCAAGGGAUAGAUGGGAGAGUAAGAGGCUGUUUUUGUAGCAGUAAUUUUUUUUAUGCAUUUCAAAAUAAAAACAGGUCACAGUAUCUCAAAUGAAGCAGAAAUGAAGCUGGAGAUUCUUCCUUAAGUCCCCUGGGCCGAGGGCAGCUAGCCACCCCUUCCACCCACUCGCCCCCAGUCGAAGAAGAGGAAUGGAUAUGUAGCUGGAUAUGUCUAUCCCUGUUGCCAAGAAGAAGGAGGGGAGAAAGAGAGAGAGAAUGAUGAAAGGGAAGACGAGUCUCUCGGUAACUCUCAGUGUCCCCCAGUACAUGGGAAGGUCUAAGAGAACCGGGGUCUGUGUCCAGUCCCUACAGAAACAGGAGUAGGAGGAAAUGGUAUCUUCCUCUCCAGUACAGAGAGAUGGGGAGAAAGAACAGAGUGCCUAGGCUUCUCCUUUCACCACAGUGCAGGAUGACAUGGAAACAUACAAAAGGAGAGGUUGUAGCUAUCCCUAUUCUCAGUGCAGUGGAGAACUGGAGUAGUGGGAAACUGUAUCCACCCACAGCAGAGAAUAACACGGAACUGGAGAUUAAAAACAGACCAAAAAAAAAAAAAUCAAUGUACCUAGGGAGCAGUAUUUCUGUCACAAUUCCCAGUUGAUGGGGGAGGGGCAAGCGCAGAGGUGGAAUGGUUGUUGGUUUUUUUUUGUGGGGAUUUUAGCUUUUUUUUUCCUUUUAAAAAACAGAACCAAAAGCAAAAGCCAUGUCUGUGCCCAGUGCAGGACGACUGGGUGGCCGGGUACAUUAGUGUAGCUAGGAAGCCUUUUCCGCUGUUGUUUGUUCCCAUCUCCAUUCCCACUCUCCUUUACAUAAACCAAAAAUAAGCUAUUCUCAAUACAUGGCAGAACAAGGGUCUCGAUCUUUAUCCAUCCUUAGUGCACGAGGGGAUGGAAUCAGGGAGUGGGGAUAAAGAGGGGUGUCUCUAGCCCCAGUGCAUAAGUGUGGGCUUCUACCUCUUCUGUAGGAGAGGAUGCUGGGGGGUGGGUGUGGGGGAGCUCUGUUUCCCCACUGUGGAGCUGGAGGCACGACCUGGAAAAAGGAGAGGUGCUCUCUCUCUUUCCUCCUGCCCCCCCUUCCUCCUCCUCCAGAGCAAGGGUCGUUAGGCAGCAGAGAAGGUUCAAGGAUAUAUACUCUUUCUCCGUGUUCCUCCCUCCAGUGCCAGGGUGCGUGGGUAGCAUGGCUCUGUGCGUGCCCCUCUCUCUCUUUCUCUCCUCCGUUGCAGCAGUCAGUCAGUCAGUCUGUCCGUGAGUCCCUCCAGAGGAGACGGAGGUCUCGGGGCACCCCCCUCCUCUCACCUGACCUUCUCGCUCUCAGUCAUUUCCCAAAGUCCCAGGUUGAGCACCUUGAGGCAGGGCAGCUGGGUGAUGCGCUCCAAGCCCCGCUUGGUGAUGCGGGUGCAGCCGUAGAGAUCGAUGCCUGUCAGCUGGCUGAGGUGUUCGGCGAUGAGCUCCAGGCCCUUGUCGGUGAUGCGGACGCACUGGCCAAUGUUGAGGGUGCGGAGCCCGUGCAUCUGUCGCACCAUGCGGUUGAUGCCCUCGUCGCUGAUGUGGCAGGAGCAGAGGGAGAGGGAGCGCAGGCCGUCCAGGCCCUGUGCAAUGUAGGCCAGGCUCUGGUCCCCCACCUUGUCGCAGAAGGAGACGUCGAGGCCGGACAGCCGCAGGCUGCCCAUGGCCAGGUGCAUGAUGCCCGUGUCGCUGAUGUUGUCGCAGGAGCGCAGGUUGAGGCUGCGCAGGCUGCUCAUGUGCGACAGGUGCAGCAGCCCCGCGUCCGAGAUGCCGCCGCAGAAGCUGAGGUUGAGCUGGCGGAGGCGGCCCAGCCCGCGGGCCAGGUGCUUGAGCGAGAGGUCGCUGAGCUUCUGGCAGUCCUGCAGCGUGAGCUGCUCCAGGCCCAGGCAGCCCUCGGCCGCGCUGCGCGUCAUGCCCGCCAGGUGCCCGAUGCCCACGUCGGAGAGGUGCCGGCAGGAGCGCAGGUUGAGGCUCUUGAGGCGCUGCAGCCCCCAGGCGAUGAGGAGCAGCCCGGUGUUGGUGAUGUUGCUGCAGCCCCCCAGCUCCAGCACCUCCAGCCCCUUCAGGUACUGGGCGAUGCGGCCCAGGCUGCUGUCCGUGAUCUGCUUGCAGAGGCUCAGGUUGAGCGAGCGCAGGGAGCUGAUCUCCGCCACGAAGGCGUGGCCCAGCCCGUUGUCGGUGAGGUUGUAGCAGCCGCUGAGGUUGAGGCUCUCGAUGUCAGCCAUGCCCUGGAUCACGUAGCUCAGGCUGCGCCGCAGCGACAGGAUCUGCACCCGCCGGAUGCCCCGCGCCGCCAGGCUGGGGAAGAGCGACGGGUUGGCGCGGCGCAGGUGCAGCUUGGCCUCCACGCCCCGCCACACGGAGCGGUGGUAGGCGGCGUCCCGCCAGGCCGUGCACACCUGCGCCGCGCGGCCCUUGUCGCGCACCUCCAGGGCGCCCCGUCCCGGCGGCAGGCUCCGCGGGGGCUGCCCCAGAGCCGCCGGAGCCCCCCGCAGCCCACCAUGACGGGGCCGAGGCUGGCGCUCGCCGCCGCGCUCCUCUGCAGCUGCACCUCGCCGGUGGCCGACGCCAGCUCCUGGUGGUCUUUGGCCAUGAACCCCAUCCAGAGGCCCGAGAUGUACAUCAUUGGCGCUCAGCCCGUCUGCAGCCAGCUGCCGGGGCUCUCCCCCGGGCAGCGCAAGCUGUGCCAGCUGUACCAGGAGCACAUGGUGUUCAUCGGCGAGGGGGCCCGCAGCGCCAUCAAGGAGUGCCAGUACCAGUUUCGGCAGCGCAGGUGGAACUGCAGCACAGUGGACAACACCUCCGUCUUUGGGCGGGUCAUGAAGAUAGGUAGCCGAGAGACUGCUUUCACCUACGCCGUCAGUGCUGCCGGGGUGGUGAACGCCAUCAGCCGGGCUUGCCGCGAAGGAGAGCUCUCCAGCUGUGGCUGCAGCCGGACUGCCCGGCCCAAGGACUUGCCCCGAGACUGGCUGUGGGGCGGCUGCGGGGAUAACGUGGAGUACGGGUACCGCUUCGCCAAGGAGUUUGUGGAUGCCAAGGAGCGGGAGAAGAACUACGUGAGAGGCUCAGAGGAGCAGGCGCGCAUGCUGAUGAACUUGCAGAACAACGAGGCUGGUCGCAGGGCAGUGUACAAGCUGGCGGACGUGGCCUGCAAGUGCCACGGCGUGUCAGGCUCCUGCAGCCUCAAGACCUGCUGGCUGCAGCUGGCCGACUUCCGCAAGGUGGGUGACCUGCUGAAGGAGAAGUACGACAGCGCCGCCGCCAUGCGGAUCAGUCGCAAGGGCAAGCUGGAGCUGGUGAACAACCGCUUCAACAUGCCUACGCAGGAGGACCUGGUCUACGUCGACCCCAGCCCGGACUAUUGCCUGCGCAACGAGACCACCGGCUCGCUGGGCACUCAGGGCCGCCUGUGCAACAAGACCUCGGAGGGCAUGGAUGGGUGCGAGCUGAUGUGCUGCGGACGGGGCUACGACCAGUUCAAGAGCGUCCAGGUGGAGCGCUGCCACUGCAAGUUCCAUUGGUGCUGUUACGUCAAGUGUAAAAAGUGCACAGAGAUCGUUGACCAGUACGUCUGUAAAUGAAAAGAGCCCCCAAAGCAACAAAUCUAUAUUAUAUAAAUCUAUAUAGAUAUAUUUUAUAUUUGUAUAAAUAAACAGAUGAUGAUAAUAAUUAAAGAAGCUUAUUUAAGAGA